UGGAGUGGAAACGAUGGGGCAGACGCAGCCGUGGCUUGCCCAGUUGCAAAGCACCAGCGGGAUCUUUGCUUCGUGCGACUCGACGCUUCUCAACGCGAAGUGGCUCCUCACCAGCGCGUCCUGUUUCAACGGCACGUCCGCCCUGCCUGUCGACUGGCGAGCAGCCUUCAACAACAGCAACUUGCAAACCCUCGUCGCCAUUCACCUGCAUCCCAAGUUCAACGCCACCACCUCCGACUACGACGCUGCGUUGGUUCAACUGAGCUACGCCAUUCCACUUUCGGACGCCGUGAGGCCGGCUUGCCUCCCGAACAGGCGCGAGCCAAAUCCCCUACCCGGGAAGUCCUGCUCCGUCGCGUCCAUCCAAGCGGGUUCGCAGAUCGUGAGACGCGUGAACAUCGUGGGGCAGGAGGAAUGCCGAGCCGUCAACAGCAGCAGCAGCAGCGCCAGAGCCGUCACCAGCAGGAUGAUCUGUGCCUCCAAUCAGUUUUGCGGGAGCCUGGCGAGCCCACUGCUGUGCAAAGAGGUGGACGGACGCUGGUACGUGACGGGCGUGGGCAGCUGGGGUCUGUGCAGCUCGCCGGCUGUGUUCACCAGGCUCUCCAAGAUCCUGGAGUUCGUCAAGCAGACGGCCGUCUGA